CAAAUUGCCAUGAACUUCCGGUGUGUAAGAUAAAGACACACGCGGAUCUAUCGAGAAAAGAACGCGAAUAAUUAGAAAAAUAAGUAGCAAAGAACAAAUAAUUAAAACUUUAUAUUGUAUUGUUUUUCAAAAUGUCCAAUAACGGUGCUCCGGACUCAUGGGAGAGUCAAGCUGAAGUUGUGGGUGAAAAAGGUGCAAAAGAUUCUAAUGACUUGUCUACUAAAAUUUCCACGUUGAAUGUUAAUGCCGUGGAAUUCGUGCCAUCUUUUUGUCCAAAGCCUUCCCAGGCUAGCGAUAAUAAUGAUUCACCGACAACGCCUCAAAAAUCUGAAAGUAGUUCCACGAGCUCUGAUGGCAGUCCGGUCUUAAAUGGAUGCGGAGAAGGAGACAAUGGGGAAUGUGCUGCGUCAGCAUCUCCCCGAGUGGAGGAGCCUCCUCCUGUACCUCCAGCUGCUGCAGCGGCUCCAGUACCAGAAGUGCCACCAGAUGACAACUCUCCAACUGCUGACAGCUGGGAAAAUGAAGAUAAUGCGCUACUAACAGAAGAAAUCAUUGAAGCAGAAGAAGAAGAAACUGAAGCACAGGUGGAAACCCCUGAAGAUGGAGAAUUGGCAAAGAAAGUUCCUAAGAAGAAGCCACCGCGGGUGGAAGACACGCGAAGCAAAAAAGAACACGUGAAUGUCGUAUUCAUUGGACAUGUAGAUGCUGGUAAAUCUACAAUUGGUGGACAAAUUAUGUCACUAACUGGCAUGGUGGACAAGAGGACAUUGGAGAAAUAUGAACGAGAGGCGAGAGAAAAAUCAAGAGAAUCAUGGUACUUGUCUUGGGCGUUGGACACUAACCAAGAAGAACGUGACAAGGGAAAGACGGUGGAAGUAGGCAGAGCAUACUUUGAGACUGACAGAAAGCAUUUCACAAUUCUUGAUGCACCGGGACACAAAAGUUUUGUGCCCAACAUGAUUGGUGGUGCGGCACAGGCCGAUCUUGCUGUUUUGGUAAUUUCAGCGAGGAAAGGUGAAUUCGAAACCGGUUUCGACAGAGGGGGACAGACGAGGGAGCAUGCUAUGUUAGCAAAGACCGCGGGUGUCAAACACUUGGUGGCGCUCGUGAACAAGAUGGAUGAUCCCACUGUGAACUGGGAAGAGAAGAGAUACAAUGAAUGUCGAGACAAAAUCCUGCCAUACUUGAAGAAGCUUGGAUUUAAUCCAGCGAAAGACUUAUCGUUCUUGCCUGUGUCAGGUCAGACUGGGCAGGGAUUAUUGGAAAGGUUGACUGAAGAAGUUUGUCCGUGGUACCGUGGACCUUCAUUCAUCCAGCUUAUUGAUGAGCUUCCAUCUCUAAAUCGUAAGAUGGAUGGCCCAUUCAUAAUGCCCGUAGUAGAUAAAUAUAAAGAUAUGGGUACAGUGCUCAUGGGAAAAGUUGAAGCGGGGGUCACCCGUAAGGGUGCCACGCUUUUCUUGAUGCCUAACAGGGUUCAAGUAACUGUAGAUCAGUUAUGGUCGGACGAUAUUGAAGUGACGUCCAUCGGUCCCGGCGAAAACGUUAAGGUAAAACUCAAAGGCAUUGAGGAGGAGGACGUGUCGCCCGGCUUUGUUUUGUGUGACACCGCUGAACCUAUCACCACGGGAAGAGUAUUUGAUGCUCAAGUGGUAAUAUUGGAACAUAAAUCGAUCAUCUGUGCAGGAUACUCAGCAGUUAUGCACAUACAUUGUGCUGCGGAAGAAGUUACUGUUAAGGCGCUAAUUUGUCUAGUGGACAAGAAGACGGGAGAAAAGUCGAAAACGCGACCGCGUUUCGUAAAACAGGACCAAGUUGCCAUUAUGAGGAUAGAGUGCGCGGGAAUCAUUUGCCUAGAACCAUUCAAGAAAUUCGCUCAGAUGGGAAGAUUUACUUUAAGAGAUGAAAAUAAAACUAUUGCAAUUGGGAAAGUACUCAAGGUGGUUGAAUAAAUUUGGCACUACGUUUGUAAUUUAGCUAGGUUUAGGCUUUCAUCAUUAUCAUAUAUCAGAGAAUGCCUCUAUAAUAUUAUGUAAACCUGAUCUUUGGGAUCCAUAUGAGAGCUUGAGUGUUGUGUGUAACAUCGGAAUUAUCGGAAUCAAAGGAAACCUAGCUUCAGACGGAAACAAUACGGCCACUGCCAGAGAGCAUCUCUUUAUUUACACAAUUGCAAUAUGGUGUACUCCUUAUAAAAUGUUUAAUAAAAAUUUCAGCGUAACUCUGCUUUUUACGUAAGCAACAUUAAAUACUGUUCCUGUGCAGGACGUUGAUGUUAGAAUAAUUGUAAUUAGAUAUUGGAUCAAUGUGUGUGUCAGAGAUAAAUAAUAUUUGGUACACUUGAUUUAUUACCGUUUUAAUUCUUGUUUCCUAGAUUGUUAAAAGCUGAUAUUGAGCGAAUGUGAUAAGUAAUGAUAACGACAUCGAGAUAUAAUCGUUUAAAUAUAUUUAUGAUAUUGAGAACAGGAAUUAAAGGUUGCUACGUGAAAAAAAAAAUAAACCUUUUUCAUGAGUAAAAAUAUAGGAAGUGUUUGAUGGAUAAAUGUUAUGGGAUAACUCGAUGUAAAGAUUACUAUUAAGGAACAGAGUUUGAUACUCGUAAAUUAGUCAAACGGCUCUGUAUAAAUUUUUGAAUGUUUUACUAGCAUUUACACAUUGAACACGCUAACUCGCUUACCGAUUACACCAAUAAAAGAUAUAAUACGAAUUGUUGAAAUCUAUUGUCUAUUGCAUAUAAGUGUGGUGUUCCGUUAAGUUCACAACGGGCGCGUCGCAGACAGCGCGUGAUGCACUGAGACUGACGCGCGUCUGCGACGAUCCGAAACGUGUCGCGUUCUAAGUGCUCUUAUUUCAUGUGUAACCGCAUAGUAUACAACAAUUGAAUGUUAAUAUUUUUAUACGUCAAUAGACUACGAGCGAUGUGAAAGCCGAUGUGGGUUUGUAAAGAAGGGUUGUGUAUAUAUUAUACCGACGACGUUCUCUUUUAAACUAUGAUAGUUCUAAUUCAUUGUUCUCCACGACAUGAAACGAUAAGAGCACGGAGAAUUUAUCUCGACGUCUUGAUGUGGUCGCAGGGUGAAUGAUGCUCUCGUCUAUGUUAGGAUGAUCAACGGCUUACUAGUGUAAUAAAACAGUUUUUAAAUAUUAUUCGAUAUUGUUUGCUUUACACGAAUCUUCUGCAUAUUGAAAAUAAAAACAUCCAUCUCGUUUGGCAGAAUAUAUUUUGCAAAAAAUGUUUUAUUUUAAUUUGAUCUACCCUUGUUGUUUAGUCUAAGAUAUUAGGUAGGUUAUAUAUUGUGUGUCUCUCGCUCCCCAUGCAGUCAAAGCGUUGAGUAUCCUAUCUAGUAGACCUAUAUUUUCACUUAUCAUUAUAACCAUUAUAGUUCUAAAACUAUUUAAUAUUCGCCCAUUUUAUUUGCUAUCUGUUUAUAUGAAUAAAUGUUAUCAUUUAUAUUAUCUUAAAUUUGUCUGACAUAGUGUAAUAUUUGCAUAGAUCGACACAUGUAUCGAUUUGUAUAAUUACGAUAUAGAUUAUAUUUCUUGCAAUAUUUUAUGAAAUUAUGAUAAUAGCUAAUAAUAAUUUAUUGCUUUUGUGGCCAAUAGUGGGUUCAUUUAUUAUUUUAAUUUUUUAUUUAUUUCAUUCCUUAUGAUUUAAUUUUCAUGAAAUGAAGUAAUACACAAAAGUUUAGGUUGAUCUAUACUUUCGUCCAAGAGUGCUGUCCAAUAUAUAAAUAUUGACGUUAAUUUGGUUUAUAUUUUUUGCGCUCGGUAUACCCACAUUAAUUUUUUACUCGUUGAAAGUGUUAAUGUAGGAACACAGAGUACUUACAGAUGAUUCGGGAGCUGUGGUUGAAAGUCGUUUAUAACGUCGGUUUGACCUUCCAAUUGUUAUAAAUUUAUAUAUUAUUAUUUUUUUUAAUGUUCAUCUUUUUUAACAUAAUCAGUUUAUAUUUAGGUCGAUGGAUAAUGUUUAUUAUCGGUAUUUUAUGUAUAUCCUUGUAAGCGUCGUAGACGUACGUUUGCACCUCUUUUGACUCGAUAACUGUUUGCGUGGAACUGAUAAAAUGCGAAUUGAUCCUUUCUGAUCUGCGCUGAGGUGCUGCGUCCACUGCAUGGCUCUUUGCGAGCGUCUGCAUACUUUCAUUUCUAUUUUGUUUUAAUUUAAUAAAAUUUAUUUAAACUGCUGUAUAUUUAGUUGUUUUUAUUUACCGCCUUAUAAGUAGCGUAUAUGCUUGGUUUAUCAGUUGCUUUUUUUUUGUCAAAUUUGUAAAGUAUGUAUAAAGUCGAUAAAUGUAUUAUAAAUUAAUGAAAGAACAUUACUUACUAGACGUAUGUUAUUGUCUUCCCGACAUGUAAAUUCGUCAAUAUAUGACUUGUUUCAACGAGGGUUCUCGGCAUAUUUAGCUUGUCGACAGAAUUGUAAGCAAUGUUGAUAUUAAAAUUCAUUAUAAAACGGC